AUGAAGCAGUCUCCAACCGGUCCCUCUUCUUCUUCGCCAUUCACCCGGCUGGCUGCCCUUCUUGUGUUGACCAGCUUGGUUUGGCUGAGUGUAGUGUUGCCAGGGCAACGGAUUGCAGUCGCGGCUCUACCUCGUGAAUUGAACCCGAGUCUACAGAAUGAACCGAUUGCCCUGCUUUAUCCCUUCGGCUCGAUAGACAAACGAGGUCCUGAGCUCUACAUCCCUCACAUGGGAAGCUUCCGAAAGCGCGACUUAUGGGGCGUUUAA